AUGAGCUCCAGGAUCAAACGUACCAAGACUCUGCAACCCGCCGCUGAGUCAUCGAAACAAGCCAGGAAACUUAUCGAAGUCGUUCCAGAUGGAGAUGUCCUACUGAAGGUCGGUCAAGAGGCGGAAGCUCUUGACAUACGAGUCUCGGGGCUAGUCAUCAGUCUAGCAUCAGACAUGUUUUCUCGAAUGCUCUCGUCGUCGUUCACUGAGGCGAGCACCAAAGUAAUCGAACUAAAAGACGAUGAUCCAGAGGUUGUCCUGGACUUCUGCAACAUUGCCCACCACAAGAUUGAGAACCUCGACCACUGCAACGGCCUGAGGCUCCUGAAGCUUGCUGAGUUGGCGGAUGCACGAUUUUGCGAGAGGGUGCUGCGACCUUGGGUCGCUACAACGCUGUACAGUGCUUUGAGUGCAUUGGAGAAAUGGGAGAGGGAUAAGACGGACGUCACAGUUGCCUCGGAGUUGCCAUGGUUUUCCAACUCGAUGAGUUAUUCUGGUUGA